AUGUAUGAACACAUCACAGGGGAGUCUAACUGUGCUAUUUUGAGCACCUCUGUUGUCUUACCCAACCUGGCUGAAGCGGUGUAUGAGCCCCUGACAGCACCCCAGGGCUCUCUGCACCCCACUCCCACUGCUGACCUUUGCUCAUCUCCCUGGAGUUCUGUCAGCAGGUGUGAGGUGACAGCCUCUGGUUCGGAUUUGCAUUUCCCUGCCUAUGCGGGAUGUCUCAGCCAGGUGUUUUUCUCCUUAUCCUUUGCAGCAGUGGACACCUUCCUCCUGACAGCCAUGGCCUACGACCGGUUUGUGGCCAUCUGUCAUCCCCUGCACUAUAUGGUCAUCAUGAACCCCCAAUUCUGUGGCCUCCUGCUUCUUGCAUCCUGGGUAUUAACUCUUCUGCAUGCUCUAUCACACAGCUUAAUGGUUUUGCGACUGUCCUUUUGCUCACAGGUGCAAAUCCCUCAAUUCUUCUGUGACCUGGACCAGGUGAUCCAGCUUGCCUGUUCUGACACCUUCCUCAAUGAGCUGGUGAUAUAUUUAGCAGCGGGGGUUGUGGGGAUGAUUCCUCUCAGUGGCGUCCUUUACUCUUACUCUAAGAUUGUGUCCUCUGUUUUGAAAAUCUCCUCAGCGAGCGGCAGGUACAAAGCCUUCUCCACCUGCGGGUCUCACCUCUCCGUGGUCUCCCUGUUCUACGGGACGGCGCUCGGCGUGUACCUCAGCUCCGCCGCUACCCAUGACUCCAGGGACAGUGCAAUCGCCUCGGUGAUGUACACGGUGGUCACCCCCACGCUGAACCCCUUCAUCUACAGUCUCAGAAACAAGGACAUAAAGCAGGCCCUGGUG